UGAACAUUCGCGUUUUCACAGUUUACGGAUGGUUACAUUUGUAUGCAAUAGGAACUCAUAACGAAGCUGUCAGUAUUGAGUGUCUCCGUUUGUGUUUUAUUUUAACCAUAUAUUUUUUUCCGCUGUGCUCCAAGCUGUAAGGUCUUCGUGAUUACAACUCCAGAUAAUAAAUAGGGAUUUGCUCACUGUGCCUUCCUUGGAUACCUAACAUUUUUACGAAAGGUAGCUUUGGUGGUAACUGGGAACAAUGGGUCGACCACUGAGGGAAGUCCUUAAAGAUCCUAAUAUUCUGGAAGCGCUUAGAAAGGAUCCUGAAGGAUUCGUGUUCAAGGAAGCUCCAUCCGUCGUCAUAACGAUGGUUUCAUGGCCUACGCACACUCAGCUGAGGUUGGAGGACAUGAACUCGGCUGUAGUUUUGGCGGGAAUCCCAACCAACUUCCCGAUCGCUGGUCCGAUGUCGUACGUGCUGGAGAUUCUCUCCACGACGUUGAAUUUCACGUACAAGCAGGUAGUUCCUCCUGAUGUCUCUUGGGGAGUCCGGUCACCGAAUGGAACUUGGUCCGGAAUGGUCCGCCAGGUGUUGGAAAAGGAGGUUGACAUGGCGCUGGGACCCUUCCAGGUCAUUGAGAGCCGAAACCAGGUCAUAGACUUCUCUACUCCCUUCUUUUUUGACACCCUGUCUUUCAUGGUAGCCAGAGGAAGCGACAAGAUCGACCCCUGGGGUUUUCUUAUGCCCUUCAAUCCUAAUGUGUGGGGAGCAUUCUUCCUGUGUCUCCUGGCCAUUUGUCUGGCUCAUUUCGCGUGUGACCUCACCCAGAAUCCACCUACGAAUCUGGCGCACAGGUUCGGGAGCGUUGUCAUGGACUAUAUUCGACCGCCAAUGAACCAAGCUAUUCGCAAGAAAGUGACAAAGAACUGGCAUCGACCCUUGCUGGGGUCGUGGACAAUCUUGGCCCUGUUGCUGAACUUCAGUUACGAGGGAAACCUUCGGUCACUGAUGGCCCUGAGAUACAUCCCGCAUCCAAUUCAGACUGUCAGGGACGCCAUCGAAGCAACGAACAGGAAGUUGAUAAUUGAACAUCGUACUUCCUUCACAGAUAUAUUAGGGAGGAUUCCUUCAGGAGACCUCAGGAAUCUCGACGACCAGGGAAAGGCCGGGCGGUAUGUGGACCUCAAGAUGAGAGAUUUCAUGAGCUAUUAUCCUCUCGUCAGAGACAAGGGCAGCAUCCAGAUAUUCGACGUCACAACCUCACUCUUGCAGAUGUUGACUUCUACAUAG